AUGCUCGACACUCCCACCUACGUCUACAAAAUCACCCACGAACCUCCCCCAACCCCUCUCCCCGACCUCUACCCCCUCUCCGAACUCGACGCCAAAGAUGGUUUCAUCCAUCUAAGCACAGGCUGGCAGGUAUGCCUGUCCUCCUCCUCCUCCUCCUCCUCCUCCUCCUCCUCCUCCUCCUCCUCCUCCUCGUUCCUAAUCUUAUCCCGAUGCUUACAUCGAAAUGAGAAGGUCCCUGAAACAGCAGCCCUCUACUUUCAGUCAUUCAGUACCAUCUACAUCCUGAAGCUGCGCUUGUCCAACUUUGACCCGGCCAGCGUGAAAUGGAACGAGGGGACCACGAGGGGUUGCCCGCACUUGUAUGGGCGGUUUGGGGCUAAGGAUAUUGAGAGCGUGAAGGAGUUUAGGCUGGAGGAGGGGGAGAGUUGGAGGAAGGUUUUGGAGGAGGAGAGGAAGGGAUGGUUGGAAUAG